AUGAAAUGGAGAAGCCUUAAUUUUGGCGCGGUCAAACCAAUCAAAUACCAGCAAUGGCCAAGUUUCAUGCAGACGAUGUUGAUAUGCUUAAUCCUUGGAGAUAAACAUUUACGGCACAUUAUCGACUGAGCUUUGAAAAUUCAUCUUCUCUUGCAAAUGUUAAUUCAUCCACAUUUCCUUGUAGUUUUGAUAAUACGGUAGAUACAUGAUUUAAUGAGUGUAAUUAGUUGUUAAAAUACAGCCUAUUUUUCUUUCUUUUAGAAGCCAAAACCUGCAAAGCAAACCAGUUUACUUGUGCCGAUAAGAGUUGUAUUUCAUUGUUUUGGAGGUGUGAUGGUCGUCAUGAUUGCCAUGAUAGGUCAGAUGAAAAUGGAUGUCCAACAACGGCUCCUCUGGUUUGUUCAAAAGAAAUGUUUCGCUGUGAUGGAGACUGCAUACAAGGUCAUUUGCAAUGUGAUGGAAAAAACGAUUGUGCAGAUGGAUCCGAUGAGAAAGGAUGUGGUGAGUGUAGAAAUAGUUCAUUCAUGAAUGAGAAGGUGUGAAAGAUGCUUGUGUUAAGAAUUUUUUUUCUGAUCAGAGCGAAAAAGAAAAUACUGAAGUUAAGGAAAAAUCUAUCGAUAAGUUUUAUAAAAAGUAUAACUAUUGUUUUCGACCAGACAUUGAAUAUUUAAAUUUUCUUGUGUCUUAUGUUGCAGCUGCACCCCAGUUGAGGCGGUCGUCUCCUCCAAGGCUCGUUGAACAAAUGCGACAAAAGGAAGUCAAGCUGAUCUGUAACGUGAGCGAUGCUAAAAAUUACAUUUGGUAUACGGAUGAAAGAAAGAUUCAUCUGCCCUCUGAUCGGUAUUUUGUAAAAUCACAUUGGUAUCUGCAAAUUACGGACGUUUUUAAAUCGGACAGUGGAACGUUUGUUUACUUGGCCUCCAGUAGUUAUGGAAAAUUAAAUUGCACAGUGAGGUUGAUUGUUGAAGGUAAGAGUUUUUGAAAUUUUGAGCAAAUAUUAAAUUGGGUUAGUUGUUUGUGUGAUGAUUUGAUUUCGUUUCCGCUUAAUAUAACAAAAAAAGAAAGAAAAUACUGAAUUGGAGGAAAAAUCUAUCGAAAGCUGUCUCAGUGCUAUUCUUCUUGUCCAGCUUUUGAGUUAAAAGGAAACGUUUUGCAAGGAUGAUAUGAAAAAAAGAAAGGGAAUUUGUCUAUUAGCUCAGGGGUAUUGGUCAUUGAAACUUGUUGUGUUGAAAAAACAGUUUUUUUCUUUUUUCUCAGAUCCAACAGCUUCACCUACAAAUGUUUUAGGAGGUACAGUUCAUUGAUAUACUAUAUAACUUAAUUACUUCUAGUUAUUAUAAAGCAAGGUAGUCUUUAGGUAGAUCAGAGCGUUCUGAUCGGUUCUUACUUGGUCGGUAUUUUGCCAUACGGACCGUUUCCACGGAAACGGUCAUACGCCGUGUAUUUUUGGUUUUGAUAAGCAAGCAAAUUCUAGAACAAAUUUAACUUUAUAACCUCGCUUGCUCGAGCCACAAUGUGGAAUAUUGGCCCUCAGUCGUUUUUUUUGGAAGGACCUCGCUGCAAUUGGUCCAUACUGCCAAGACCUGGGCCAAUAUUUCCCAGUGCGGCCCUUUCGCUCGGUUAGUAAGAAGUUUUUAUCUCAGGUUACAAAUGCCGUAAUUGUGUAGCUCCUUACUUUUGAAGUAGAUCGUCAAGAAAUAAUAAAAGAGUAGUGUCUCUGGCAUACGUCCUAGGCUGCCAAGGCGAUAAAAAUGCGGGGUUUGUGGUCAUAUUCUUAGUGCAUUUGAAGACUGUUAUCUGAAAGUUAGGCUGCUAUUUAAAAUCUUAAAUCAUGUUCAGUUUCUUGAUUUCAAAAACCUUUUGAAACGGCGCCGGGAGGAUGAAAAUAUUGUGGGUUAUGAAGCAAACUUCUCCUGCUGAAUGGAGGAAAUUUGCAUGACCACUCGACGAUCAUUUCGUGGAAAGUAGACUGUAAUACAUCUAAUCAAUUCAUGUUAUGGAGGUUAGGUUAAUCUUAAGCUGUUCAACAUAAAACCACUAGAAUAAAAUACUCUUAUGGCAAUAAUCCAAAUUUCGCUGUUUCUUUUGAGCCUGCCUUAAUUCAAGGCUGAAUGUAAGCGAUGUAUCACAGUGGUUACUUUCAAGUUGUAAAUAUUUAUUUAAGCUACUAAUAUUUACUAAAGUAAGUAAUAUUUAUGAAAGAAACUCCCACGUCGCUUCGCUGUAUUUUUUAGGUUCUAAUCCUGAGAUAUUGAAAAAAAACAGGAUUAACAGGAUGCGAGAUAGAGGACGAAAACUGAAAAAGGAAAAUCCAUUUCAAACAAACUAGCUGUUCCUGUUUUUAGAAACUUGGAUAUAACAAGCUUUGCUUAUAAUAAGUGUUGGCCUUAAUUACUUUUCCAAAACUUUCAGCUCCUUUCGGUUGCGAAAGCUUUAAAAAAAAAACCUUGCCGGGAGAGCAAGACAACGAAAUUAGGUACGUUCCUACUACUUUAGUCCCUGGACGUUUCCAAACAACCAAAUAUUGUUGAAGUUACAGGAAACUAUUAGUUGGUUAAUCAUAACCAUUACAAUUUCCUCAAAUGUGAUUAGUGCAUUAACGCUUUAUUUUUUCACUAACUAUUUUGUAGAGUUGUAAUCGGACAGUGUAACAUGACAGUUGGCUGUAAUCGGACACCUGUUAUCUGACAGUUGAAGAAGCCAAUCGUACUUAGUCCACUAAGCUAAAUAAAUCAACUUAUAACAGAAUUGAUCACAAUACCCAUAGCAACAACCACUUAUCCUGAGAAAAACUGGGGAAUUUCCAAUAUGGAGGAAUAUUUAACUUUAGACAUUUGUUCUAGAUGUAUCUUUUUUUCGGAAAUCGUGAUGGUUAUGAUUAAUUGGUCGUGAUUAACUAAUCGCUUCGCGGUCGUCCGAUUUAUUAAUCACUCGUAUUAUUUCAGACCGAAUUGGACUCCACUUGAUCCUAUCACCGCUAUGAACUGUUAUAAUUUUCUACGAAAUGUAUGUGACGCGUUCCCAUUUUUGGGUGAAUAGCUACAAUGCAUACAGACUAAGGUCGUUCUCUAUUACCUUAAAAUGUUACUGUUUCCGUGGAUAUCACCGAUAUUCUUAAUAGCUGGACCAACAUUUGGGAAUUUAGGCAAUGGGUUCGAUUGAAAACCUAUACUGCAAAACUAAAAGUGGAGAAUCGAGACAUAAUGCGAAUGGCUAAGAGAGCAGAGUUCGAGGUACAGUCAUUUCCUCCAACUUGUUCUAAGAAAACACCAGCUCAUCUCGUCAAAACCAUGUGCCCAGUGUUACCUUUUUUAUCUUCUAGUUCCUCUUGACUUCUAUUGCUUAUUAAGUCUUUGAUGAUUAGAAAUGAUAACCUUGAAACGUAUCUCGUUCCUCAGAUGAGAAGACUCGCGAUGCUCUUGUCCCCGGAAUCGUCUCGGCAGGCGUGCUAAUUACCGUAGCUGCUUUGUCUUUUAUCUGCUGGCGCCGUCGAUCUCGAACCAAGGAGCCCGUGAAUGGUCCAAUUUCAGUGUCAGGUGAGGCUAACUUGGAAAAGAGGUCGGCAGUUUUUUUAGAGGUUUAAAGAUCCUUUUUAAUUCUUAGUUUGUGUAGGCUAUGUACUGAAAGCCGAAAGCUCGGGUGUUUGAGGCAGAGAACAUUCUUUGGUCACAUUAUGAAUUUUAACCUUGCAAACCUUUAUUUUUAACAUUGUUAAGGUGAUUCCUCAAUUUUGAACUCUGCAUCUUGUAUUGGACAUAAAAAUCACGUAAUCAGGCAAGUAAGCGCGUGCAUAUUCCGAGAACACGGUAUUGUUUUUCAAUAAGGGGACUGGGUAAUGAGAUAGGAUGGUCUUUAGCUCGUGAACAAGCAUGGUGACCUAUAUUUUUAAUUGCAUAAUUAUUGUGUAUAAAUUUUCCCCUUUAAAUUGGGCAAAUUAACAAACAUUCAUCGAAUUGGAAAAAAAGAUAUUGCUAAAAUCGUGCACAGUCUGUUACUCGAUGAUGCAAAUUAUGACUGAUAAACGACUCGAGGAACGUUUUGAAUUGACGUCGUUUAAAAUUCCGUGAUAGUUUCAAAAGUUACAUAUCAAAUUGUUUCAUACGCUCAAGACUUUCAACCUAUCGAGUUUUCAGUUUUAAAAUGUUACUUUAAUCACCCUUGCUUCCAGCUGCAGCAAAAUGUGCCGCGAAUCGAUGAAAUGACGCGCAUGAUUAGUGCCAGAACAGGCAUAGGUGGGGUAAGUUUGGCCCAUCAUAUCUCUUAAACGAGUAUGGUGACCUACCUUUUAAAUUGUACUUUUCGAAACAAACAUUGGUAAGGAACAUUUAAGGAAAUUUAAAAAAAGAAUUGUUUAAUAACUUGAUUUUUUUCUGAGGAAUCACCUCAACGGGUUUUGAGGAAAAAUCUGACUCCAAUAAAUUUUAUACCAUAGAACUCUCAGUCAACAACAUGUACUUAUUUUUGCUUUCAGAACUUGAAUUUGAAUACGACGCGUUCGUUAUUUUCAGCUCCCAAGACUCGGAUUGGGUGACUAAAACUCUAAUUCUAACUUUGGAAGAAAAGCACGGUCUUAAAUGCUGUGUACACUACAGAGAUUUCGUUGCCGGAGUACCUUUUCGUGAAAAUAUGGUCAACAGUGUUUACAAGUCAAGAAAAACAAUAGCUGUCGUGUCUAAUAACUUUUUCAAUAGCAAUUAUUGCGGUUUUGAGAUGGAUUACGCCCUUCACCGACUCAUGGAAAGGAGAGAUAACAGUUUAGUCGCCAUCAAACUUGAUGAUGUUGACAGAGGAAAACUCCCAAAGGAGCUGCGAGAAAGGAGCUUCAUAGACCUUUCAAAGAAUAUUGAAAAGGAACACUGGGAAAGAAAAUUGGUUAAAUGUUUAACGAUUCCUAGCGAUUUGUCACAGGAACAGAUUAUGUAACAAGCUUUUGGAUAUUAAGUUUUAACUACUUUUGUAUGUGCGGUAACUAACUCGAAACGUGGCG